AUGCAUGGUGGACUGUUCAGUGAAGAUGGUGUGACACUGGAAGACCUCAGGAAGGUUGAAAGGAACAGACAGCCCCCAGACUCAGGUCCCAUGUGUGACCUCCUCUGGUCGGAUCCUCAGCCUCAGAAUGGCCGGUCAGUCAGCAAGCGAGGAGUGAGCUGUCAGUUCGGCCCGGAUGUGACGGAGCGUUUCCUUGAACAGAAUAAGCUUGACUUCAUCGUGCGAAGUCACGAGGUCAAAACUGAGGGCUACGAGGUCACUCACUCAGGGAAGUGCAUCACCGUUUUCUCUGCACCCAACUACUGUGAUCAGAUGGGAAACAAAGGAGCAUACAUCCACCUCAGGGGAUCAGAUCUCAAGCCAGAAUUUCACCAGUUCACUGCUGUUCCUCAUCCGAACGUCAAGCCCAUGGCGUAUGCUAACUCGCUAAUGCAGAUGGGGAUGAUGUAGAGGCCGUGCUAACCUGUCUGUGACACUGAAGACCUCCCAUCUGACCUGAACCAUCCCAGCCACCACUCUACACUCCCUAAAGUGCUCGGACAUGCUCAUGAUUAGCCCUACGGGAUCCCUCUCCCCCACCGACAAACUUCAGUUAGUUGUGUACAGAAAAUAAUGUGGCGUAGUUCAGAUGGAAGAGAUCACUCACACCAGUCCAGAACUGGCUCUAUUCCUUCAUGUUAUCUGUUAAAACUGGAAAAAAUCUCCACCUCGGUUGUUCAUUCGCUCAUGUGUUCCAUCACCUGGUAAGAACCUUUCAGAUGAGUCUCCUUGGAGCUGCUUGGUUUAAAAAAAUAUUCGAUACACUCAGCAGAUGGGAUCAAAAAGCUGAUAUGUACCAAAGAUCUGUAAUGAAAUUGAUUGUUUAGUUUUUACAAGGAGUGUGUCUCGCGUCUCGUGACUGAAAACUAGCAUUGUGCUUUUGGCCUGUGUACACAGCUCAGAGGAUUGUUAAUUGGGUUAAGAGCAGCAUGUCUAUUAGUGUUUCUCUAACUACCCUACAGUGUCACUUCAAGUUUUAUUUCACAGGAAUACAAAAGUGAUUAGAUGUUUGACCCCAGUUCAAAUAGUUUGAUUGUCUCUGGGUACACAAUUAAAGGUGAUGUCUGCCAUUAGUAGUGUAUUUAGUUAGUUCGGUCAUGUAACUGGUAACAUUUAAUUUGCACUGCUUCCUGUUGAGGAAGAUAUUGCUGCUCUCAAUGUGUUCAUCCCCCACCAUCAUUGUGCCACUCACACAAGCGCCCUCACAGUCUACUCUCUAAACCAGCUUCGGUGUAAGGAAAACACUGAUGGCACUCUAAGUCUCCCAUACUCGUUUAACUCCUGGUUACCCAUGUGUGGAUUUACACAAACGUCCAAAAUGCAAUCCUGUCUUGAAACGCACAGCUGCAUUGUCUAAUGGCCCUCAACUUUUUAGAUAAAGAAGUACACUGAUGUGUAUGUAUAUAUACUGUAUCAUUUAAAGAUUCCGUGUAAUGUUUGGAAAAAAAUAUUGAAUAAAAAAAUCCAGUCCAGUGAUUUUAGAAAUAA